CCUGUUUCUGCGCCUGGCCUUGGGCCGCCGGGAGCCCCACGUGACCCGCCGCCAUCUUUUUUCCGGGCGGUGGCGUCCCGCGCCACUGCGCAGGCGCUUGCACAGGCGCGGGAGCGGCAGAGGGCGUGCGGACGGACGGCUUCUUCCCAGGCUGGGCUGCAGUAUGGCGGCGCUGCUGGCGAGGCGCGUGCUGGCGACGGUCGCGGGCCCUCUCCGACGCCUGAGCCCCUGCGCCGAGGCGCCCGCCUGGUGCAGGUCCCUGCUGGCCGGUCUGGCGGGCGCCGGGCCGCGCUUGCUGCUCGCGGGCGCCCGGCCGCUCCCGCAGCCCGUCGCAGGCUUCAAGACCAAGGCUGUGCUCAAGAAGCGCUGCAAGGACUGCUACCUGGUGAAGCGGCGCGGGCGCUGGUGCGUCUACUGCGAGACCAACCCCAGGCACAAGCAGCGACAGAUGCGGCGAGACUGACGGUGUCCUGGAACGUGCCUUAUCAGAGAAAAUAAAUGUUCACAGCCUGUGCUGACCGUAGUUGA